AAUCCCGGCCACAGACAGAGAGUUCCAUCCAUUGACUUUGUCUUUCGGGUUUCCAUGGAGGCACACGCUUACGUAAAUAACGAUCAACCAGACUAAGCUUUCAAAUGUUCUUCUCAUCUGGUUUGCACCUCCACGAUCAAAAGCCCCAGCAUGGCUGACCUCCCUCAGGAGCAUAUCAUAUCCACAGUUAUUGAGGGUCAUGAGACAACAUGCUGGGGUUGUGGAUUGCGCCUUCUUCUUACUUCCAACUCAUCCACUUUCAAGUGCGGUUGGUGUGGCGCAAUAACUUAUGAAGAUGUACACAAACAUGAAAGCAGUGUCUUUAGGUGGAGACGCUUGCGUGAUCGAUGCUUUGUAUGUGUGCUUGUUGGGUUCAUGCUGUUUAUCAUAUGUGGUGGUGUGUGGGCGGUGUACCCUGUUGUUUUCUCUAUUAGCUAUUUCUGUGGUAUGUUGCACUCAAUCAUAACAGUGAUCCUAUCCAUUUCUACAAUUUCAACAUUCAGCUUAGCGGCAUUCAAGUGCGCUGGCAAGCCACCAAGUAUACUAUGGGGAAGCUACCCAGUUGUUGAGAAAGGUCACCUUGAGAACUAUACCUUCUGCAACUAUUGUUCAAAGCCAAAGUCACCAAGAACCCACCAUUGCCGUUCAUGUGGAAUGUGCAUAUUGGACAUGGAUCAUCAUUGCCCUUUUAUUGGUAACUGUGUUGGUGCAGCGAAUCAUCGACACUUUAUUGCAUUCCUGACUUGUGCCGUUGUCAGUACAGUAUAUGUUUCAAUCAUAUCUGUGUAUGCAGGGUAUCGUGUCUGGCCACCUCUGCAAUACAAAUCCAUUGGCCCUCUAAAUGGGAUUAGUCGUGGUUUGGCCUUGAGAGCCUUGAAGGAAAUUAUUCUUGCUUUGUUGGGCUCAGCAGCGUUUCUUUCUGCGAGAGGACUUGUCCUUGUUUAUCUGUUUGUUGCAAGUGUCUCUCUGGAGAUUGGAUUAAUCAUACUCCUGUGGCAGCAGUUGUGCUAUAUAUAUGAAGGUGAAACUUACUUGAGCCUUUUAAAUUCGCAGAUAAGUGAGAGGCCGGGGAAGAAAGAUUGCCAAAAUCUUUUUCGUUUUUUCGGCUGCCCAUAUUCGGUUUUGAGAUACUUGCCAAAUGCUCGGAAUGCUCCAAAGAGACACAAGAAGUGAGGUGGGUUUUGUAGUGAUAAGGAUGUUGUCUUUUCCUUUUCAUUUCAUUCAAUAUAAACUCUUAUUCCAGUCGCACCAACUCCAGGUUUAUAGAUUUUGUUGAUACUCAUAGAGAGAAGAUAAAUUGUCUCCAAUUUUGCAUGGUAUUCUUGUCUGGUGCUUAUUUGUAUGAUAAAAAGGUAAAAGAGAAGAUUUAUGUCUUGCGAAUGAAGUGGGCAUUGAUACUUGAAUGCUAAAACUAUUUUCAUGCUAUGCUUUCUGUUA